AUGCUCGUCAAGCUCGCUCUCGCUGUCCUCGCGACUCUCUCCGCGGCCGCGCCCUGCCCCGAGGGUGUCCAGGUCGUCGAGAACUGCAAGCAGUCUGGCACCGUUGCCUGGACCUUUGACGAUGGCCCCUACAUGUGGGAGAGCGACAUCAUGAACAAGUUUGAGAGCAAGGGCAGCAAGGCCACCUUCUUCCUGAAUGGAAACAACUACGGAUGCAUCUACGACCGCGCCGACCAGGUCAAGGAGAUGUUCAACCGCGGCCACACGCUCGGCUCGCACACCUGGUCCCACGCCCACCUCAAGGGCAAGUCCUACGACUACAUCUCCAAGGAGCUCGAGAAGGUCGAGACGGCCUUCAUCAAGAUCCUCGGCGUCAAGCCCCUGUACUUCCGCCCCCCUUACGGCGAGUACGACGACACGGUGCUCAAGGUCCUCUCGGACCGCGGCUACAAGAAGCUCUUCAUGUGGACUCACGACACUGAGGACGCCAACGGCAAGGGCGCCGACUUUGGCCGCAACGUCAUUGGCAAGGUCCGCGACCAGAGCCCCAAGCCUGCUCUCAUCCUCUCCCACUCGACCCAGGACGUCACCCACUCGCAGGUCGUCCCCUGGGGCCUCGACCAGCUCACCGGCCGCGGCUACAGGGUCGUCGCCGUCGACACCUGCAUGGGCGACGAGGGCGAGUGGCCCUACCAGUGGGUCGGCAACCCCGGCCAGCGCGACGGCAGCUGGAAGUGCUAA